GAAAGAAAGAUUGUGGAAAUGGGUGCUUCGUACCAAGAACCAUCAUCAUUGCUUCUUCAAGAUCUCAAAGUGACGAUCAAAGAAUCAUCACUCAUUUUCCCAUCUGAACAAACCUUAACCAAUAAGAGAAAAUCUAUGUUCUUGUCCAACGUCGACCAGAUUCUCAACUUUGAUGUCCAAACUGUUCAUUUCUUCCGACAAAACAAGGAGUUUCCACCGGAGAUUGUGACGGGGAUAUUGAGAAAAGCGUUGGUGAGCGCUAUAGAUGUUUACGAGUUCUUGGCUGGGAGACUUCGCCUGAACCAUAGCUCUGGACGGUUAGAUGUUGACUGUAACGGUGCUGGAGCUGGGUUUGUGACGGCGGCUAGUGAGUAUACUUUGGAGGAUCUUGGAGAUUUGGUUUAUCCAAAUCCAGCUUUUGCUCAACUGGUUACAAGUCAGCUUGAAAGUUUUCCCAAAGAUGAUCAACCAUUGUUUGCUUUUCAGCUGACAUCAUUUAAGUGCGGUGGAUUUGCAAUGGGAAUCUCAACAAACCAUACGACAUUCGAUGGACUUAGUUUCAAAACAUUUCUCGAAAACUUAGCCACUCUACUAAGUGAGAAGCCUUUAUCAACACCUCCAUGCAACGACCGUACUCUUCUCAAAGCUCGUACUCCGCCGCGUGUCACAUUCCCACACCACGAGCUUGUCCAGCUCCAAAACUCCGAAAAGACAACAGUCUUCGAAACUACUGCAGAACACUUAGACUUCAACAUUUUCAAGCUAUCCUCUCAACAAAUCAUGAGGCUCAAAGAGAAGGCUUCGGAGUGUCUUAGUAGUGAAUGUGUACGUGUGACGGGUUUCAACGUUGUGACCGCUUUGGUCUGGAGGUGUAAGGCACUCUCUUUAGUAGAAGAAGAAGAAGAGAAGGAUCUUGAAAGAGAAUCAACGAUUCUUUAUGCGGUGGACAUAAGAGGGAGGCUGAAUCCUCAGCUUCCCUCUUCAUACACUGGGAAUGCGGUUUUAACAGCGUAUGCGAAGGCAAAACGCAAGGCAUUGCACGAAGAACCGUUUGGGAGGAUUGUGGAAAUGGUAGGAGAAGGGUCGAAGAGGAUAACGGAUGAGUACGCGAGAUCCGCUAUAGAUUGGGGAGAGAUGUACAAAGGGUUUCCGCAUGGGGAAGUUUUGGUUUCUUCGUGGUGGAAACUUGGAUUUGCAGAAGUGGAAUAUCCAUGGGGAAAGCCUAAGUAUAGCUGUCCCGUUGUGUAUCAUCGGAAAGACAUAGUUUUGCUUUUUCCGGACAUAGAUGGAGAUAGUAAAGGUGUUAAUGUUUUGGCUGCUUUGCCUUCUAAGGAGAUGUGCAAGUUUCAGAAGUGGUUUGAAGACACCGUCUGCUAAUUUCUUGUCUCCACUUUGCAUUUGUAUUGCUUAAUUUUGUUUCAUUACUAUGGUAUUUUCUGUGGACGA